AUGGAGGGGCCUGGAGCGGCGGCGGUGGGCACUAGUCCCGGGGGUAGUAACGUGCCCGCAUUCCUCGCCAAGCUGUGGACCCUGGUGGAGGAUCCAGACACCGACUCGCUCAUCUGCUGGAGCCCGAGUGGAAGCAGCUUCCAUGUCUUUGACCAGGGCCAGUUUGCCAAGGAGGUUCUCCCCAAGUACUUCAAGCACAGCAACAUGGCCAGCUUCGUGCGGCAGCUCAACAUGUAUGGCUUCCGGAAGGUUGUCCACAUCGAGCAGGGAGGGUUGGUGAAACCAGAGAAGGAUGACACAGAAUUCCAGCAUCCCUACUUCAUCCGAGGCCAGGAGCACCUCCUGGAGAACAUCAAGAGGAAAGUAACCAGUGUGUCCAACAUAAAGAACGAGGACAUCAAGGUCCGGCAGGACAACGUCACCAAGUUGCUGACUGACAUCCAGGUGAUGAAGGGCAAGCAGGAGAGCAUGGACUCCAAGCUGAUCGCCAUGAAGCAUGAGAAUGAAGCCUUGUGGAGGGAGGUGGCCAGCUUGAGGCAGAAGCACGCCCAGCAGCAGAAGGUGGUCAACAAGCUCAUCCAGUUCUUGAUCUCCUUGGUGCAAUCCAACCGGAUCCUUGGGGUGAAGAGGAAGAUCCCGCUGAUGUUGAAUGACAGCAGCUCAGCACAUUCCAUGCCCAAGUACAGUCGCCAGUACUCCUUGGAGCACGUCCAUGGCGCCUCCCCCUACGCAGCUUCCUCCCCAGCCUACAGUGGCUCCAACCUCUAUUCCCCAGAUUCUUCAGCCAACUCUGGUCCCAUCAUCUCUGAUGUGACUGAGCUGGCUCAGUCCAGCCCUUCAGCCUCUCCCAGUGGAAGUCUGGAUGAAAGGAGUAGUCCUGUGGUCCGCAUCAAGGAAGAACCCCCCAGUCCCACCCACAGCCCCCAGCUGGAGGAGAGCAGCCCAGGGACCGCGCCCGCCGGUGACAGCACCUCGCAGCCUCAGCCCCAGGAAAAGUGCCUCAGCGUCGCCUGUCUCGACAAGAAUGAACUCAACGACCAUCUGGACACCAUCGAUUCCAACCUGGACAACCUCCAGACCAUGCUGACCACGCACGGCUUCAGCGUGGACACCAGCGCGCUGCUGGACCUCUUCAGCCCUUCGAUGACGGUUACAGACAUGAACCUUCCCGACCUGGACAGCAGCUUGGCCAGUAUCCAGGAUCUCCUUUCAACCCAGGAGCAGCAGAAGCCAGCUGAGACAGAGGCCAGCACAGUGGACACAGGCAAGCAGCUGGUGCACUACACGGCCCAGCCCCUCUUGCUGGUGGACUCGAGCGCCGUGGACAUGGGCAGUGGGGACCUGCCCAUCUUCUUCGAGCUGGGCGAAGGUCCCUAUUUCACGGACGGGGACGAGUACUCGGAAGACCCAACCAUCUCCCUCUUGUCAGGGACCGAGCAGCCCAAACCCAAGGACCCUGCUGUCUCCUAA